AUGAGGGCUUGUCGCCGUGAUGUAGCUGUGGUAGCCGAAUUUGACGACCUCCAGGAGGGCCUUAUCGUCAAGGCUGUUUUCUCUGAUAGCCGCACUGAGGCCUUGGAAUUCCUUCGUCUUGCUCAGCGUCUUGCUCAGCGUCUUGCGUAUUCUAUUGUUGACCAUAGGGAAGAAGUCUGGAGUCGGGGUUGUGAUCUGCGUGCCUGCCGGCGGCCGCUCACCGAUCAUCUGUCGUACGGCACUCAUUUAUACACCUUUGGAGUCAGUCAUCAGACCAUCUAG